AUGAAACCCGCUGUCGCCGUCCCAGCGAUCGCUGCGCUGGUCUAUCGUGCUUGGUCGCGCAAGUCGUUGACUCCGCCCGGCAUCGCCGUAGCCCUCCUCACCGCCGUCGCCCACGCUGUGCAUCCGUGGAGCGUCUUCUUCGCCCUCUUGGCCGUCUUCUUUCUUACCGGCACUGCUGCCACCAAGGUCAAGCACGAUGUCAAAGCCCGCCUGACCCAGUCGUCCUCCGGCGCCUCGGGCGGCGAAGGCGCCCGCACCCACGUCCAGGUCCUCGCAAACUCGCUCGUCGCUUCCGCCCUCAUCCUCCUACACACCUGGCAGCUUUCGCGGUCUGCGCAGUCCGACACCGAGUGCUGGGCCCCGGCGAGCCACCUGCCCGUCGUCGGCAUCGUCGCCAACUACGCCGCCGUGGCAUCCGACACGCUCUCGUCGGAGCUGGGCCUCUUGUCCAAGUCGCGGCCGCGCCUCAUCACCGCCCCGUGGCGCGCCGUCCCGCCCGGCACCAACGGCGGCGUCUCUCCCGCCGGCCUCGCCGCGGCCGUCGCCGGCGCCCUGGUCAUCUCCCUCACGGCCGUCGCCCUCACGCCCUUCUGCCGCGAGUGGGACGCUCCGUCCAAGGCCGCCUUCGUCGCAGCCAUGACCUCCGUCGGCGUCUUCGGCUCCCUCCUCGACUCGCUCCUCGGCGCGCUCCUCCAGGCCAGCGUCGUCGACGUGCGUACCGGCAAGGUCGUCGAGGGCGCCGGCGGCCGGAAAGUGCCCGUCCACAGCGCCGGCUCGCUGCACUCGAAGCAACGCGCCAAGAUCCGCAGCGCCGCCGCAUCUCGCGGUGAUGGCGUGGCGUCGUCUUCGGGAGUCGACGCGGGUGCGGCAAAGGUGGUGCUGGAUUCUGCCGCCAGGGCCGGGAGCAUCCUGCCCGAAGACGGUAAGCACAAUAAUGAGAGCAGGAGGGUCGAGACCGGAAGAGACAUUUUGAGCAACAACGGCGUCAACUUUGUCAUGGCUGCUUCGGCAUCCGUUGCCGCCAUGGCUGGUGCAGCCUUCGUUUGGGACAUUCCGUUUUCUACGAUUCUGGCCAUCUAG